UCUGUUGUUUCCCCGGCGUGGGGAUGUAUAGGCAAAGGGAUUUGAAGGAGAGGAGGCGUCGCAAUUUAGGGCAGAGGGUUGAAAGACUAUUCCGCCAGAAGCGGACCGUUGCUGGUGCUAUAUGGAACCAGGUUGUAUAAAUAAUUGAAUAACCACCAUUAUUUUCUGGACCUGACUGGUUUAUAAUUUCAGAAGAAAUAAUGGAAAGCCAGGAAUUUAUUGUACUGUAUACUCAUCAAAAGAUGAAGAAGUCAAAAGUGUGGCAAGAUGGAAUUCUGAAGAUCACUCAUUUAGGAAACAAAGCAAUUUUAUAUGAUGACAAAGGAGAAUGUUUGGAGAGUAUAUUUCUGAAGUGCUUGGAGGUGAAGCCUGGAGAUGACUUAGAAAGUGAUCGAUACUUAAUCACAGUUGAGGAGGUUAAAGUUGCUGGGAGCAUAGCUAUUAAACAGGAUGUCAUUAAAGAAGCACCGGAGUUAAAUCCAAGGAGAUUUAUAUCCUCUGGCCGGUCCCUUGGAUGUCAGCCUGCUGGUUUAAAAAGGAAGUUUACUGGUUUUCGAGGACCACGUCAAGUGCCAAAGAAAAUGAUUAUUACAGAAAAUGGUGAAUCAGCUGCAUCACUUGAGGCUAAGAAACCUGGUCCUAUUUUUCUCUCUCCCUUCUACAGCACACCUCCUUUGUUUUCUACUGCUGGUAAGAAAGAUAUAAAUAAUAUGCCAACAGACCCUGAGAAGAGUAUCACUUACAAGAACAGAGAGACAAAUGGCUUACAUUUUUCUUCUAUUGUCUCUACUCCAUCCUUCAAGAAUAACCCAGAAAUGCUAUGUGAAGAAAAUUAUUUUUGCUCUCCUGUCUAUUCUGUAAAUAAGCAUUCAGAUUCUGUACUGACCAAUGAGACUAUAAAAAAAGAUGGUUUGACAUCUCACUGUUUAGCAGUUUCACAAAACAUCAGAAGCAAAGCACAGAUAUUAGCUCUUCUGAAGUCCAAAUCAGCUGGUGUGUGUAAAGAACUAAAUUCUGGGAUUACAGAACAUCUCCCUCAGAUACAACUACAAGGAAAUGAAAACACUCCUACUAAACCAAAGUGCAUAACUGAACAAGAAGAGUGUGCUGAGGUGAAGAAGAGUACAGAGAGUUUACACCACCAGCAUCAAUCCGAAAAUAUCAUGAGAAAUAAAAGCCGAUGGGCCAUGUAUUUAUCCUCACAGAGUUCACCUGUACAUUCUUCUACUGAAGAUGGAAAUAAUAUAGAAAGGAAACCCAAGGUCCAGGGAGAUAAUACAAAUUUAAAUUUGAAAGACCUUUUGGUACAAGAAAGGAAACAGUUCUUUGAAACAUGUGCUGAAAAGGGUAAAAAGUAUAAUGAAGACAAGCCAGUAGAUGAUAAUGAUCAAUCUUUGGAUCAGGAAGUAAAAUUAGAAAUUCCCUCAUUCUGUAAAAGCAACAGCUUACCAGUUACCUGUAGUAGUGUGGAAUGUGAUGGCUUAUUAUCAGAAUCUGACAUUCAAAAAAAUAAUAAAAUAUCUGUUAGACAGAAUGACCAGAUGUGUCUAAAAGGAUCAAUUCUCAUUAGAGAAAAUGCUCAGGAGAUAAAUCUAUGUGGAACACCAGAAAAAAAAUAUAAACAGCCGACGUCAGUCCUGCCAGAAUCUGAACAUCUGCGAACGGAGUCUUCUAUAAGCAACAAUUCUAGGCUCUCUGAUGACUUUACCAACAUGCUUUUUAAAAGUAAUACUGAUAAUGGAAGUCUUAAUAGUAUUCCUGAACCUAUGAGUAAUGUAACACAGCCACUUGUGGAGGUGACUUUUAAUCUGAACAAUUUUGAAACCAGCGACACUGAGGAGGAAUCACAGGAAGACAACAAAAUUUCCCAGGAUUCAGGGGGUUGGGUAAAAGAAGCUUUGGUUAAUGACAGCAGUUCAGGUGUUCAGAAGAGAUGUGAAGAUAUAAGCUGUAAGAAAGUUGGCAGUGAACAUUUGUCUCUUUUAACAUCUAUCAGGGAUAAGCCUACAGAGACAUUUCCUAUUAAAGAGACUCUGCUAUCACAAUUUUGUGAUAAAGCUUGUGUAGGUGUUGACACAGGACCUUGGAAAGCUGGAAACAUUAGAAAAGAAAUAGAAGUGUGUAGUGACACAUUAAGCAGUUUUGACUCAUCUUUAGAGGGAACUGAUAAUGUAUUUAUAGAUAAUAAUGAAAAUGCUAAUAAAUCUAUUCAAAAAGUCAGAAUUAACUAUGAUAUUGCUUCACUACAGAAUAAAUCUAAAGGUAUAAGCUUGAAUUUACAUACUCCUUUUGUAAACAUAGCCACUAAUCAGACUGCUGAAAAUAGCCUAUUCUCAGAACAGACUGAGCCUCAGACUUUUAUUAUGGGAAGUAACUUAGACAAAAAUGAUGAACAGGUUUUACUGUCAACUUCAAGCAGCAACAUCAGUAUCCAAGCAUUAAAUGUUAAUCAUAAUCACUCUGAGGAAUGUAUUGCUCUUGAUAAAUCAAAUAUCCAAGUUUCCAAUUCUUUGUACCCUCUGGAAAAAAAGCAUCCUAUUUCCAAAGACACAGAAGCAUAUAUUCCUGAAUCUGAAGAUUUGCGAAGCAUUAGAAGUUUAGACCAUGACCAUAUUGAAGUAGAAACUAAUGGAGAAAGCAAACAAUAUUGGAAUAGUCCUAGAAAUCCUUUGGAACUCUCUGGAUUAGUAAAUAACAUUUCCCUUUUAAAGUCAUUGUCUGAACACAGUACGGCUUUAGAAGGCUUGGAAGUAUUGAAAAAGAAAUAUGCUACCUUUAAACAACAAGGAACUCUGUGGACUUAUGAGCCAGAUAGCAAUCCUGAAGUUAGGAAACCAUUGACUGCAGGAGUUUCACAAGCUUUACGAAAGUUGCCUCAUCUGAACCAGGAUUCUCAUCAGAUUAUAACAGAAAAAGAAGUUGAAGCAAGUGAACCACUUCAGUCUUUGCAGUUCUUUUCCUUGGGAGAUGAAGAGACUGCUUUUCUAGAUGUUAUCACUACACAAUUAGAGAGAAAAACCUGUGACCCUACGCCUGUUGAGUUUCAAGUGAAAGGAUCAGCUACUAGUGCUGUGAUGGUCAGAGGACACAGCUCACAGCUAGAAUGCGGUCAGUUUCCAGAUAGUAUUGAAUAUGAAAACCGCACGACAGACACUUGUUUAUUGACGCCAAAAUUGACUAGCGCUUGUAUGCAGAUUGAUUUCUUGCAGUUCCCAAAUGAAGAAAACUUUCCAAAAGGAGGUAUUAGCUUUAAUAUUGAAGAUAAUUUUCAAGUGAGAGCUGAGUGUAAUAAGGACUCAAUUGAAAAUGACUUUAUUUUAGAUUUCUCUCCUAAAAAUUCAGAAUGUUCAUAUCAUUAUUUGGAUUACAAUUGUAAAUCAGCAGAGAAGACUUCAUGGGAAGCAAAUAAGGUGACAUCACCAGAACAAAAGAACUCUACAUUAAACCCUGUUUCUACUUUUUCUUUGAACUCAAGAGAUGAAGACUUUGUGCUAGAAUUCUCUGAGGAGUCCCUGAAAGAAAGAACUUUACCUGUUAUCAAAAAAUCCAGUUCUCUGGAGAAUAAGAACUUUCAAAGGCUUCCAAUAGUAAGUAGAACCCGAGUUCCACUUAUUACCUUGCCACCUGCUGAAAGGUCACCUGAUUUAGAUGCUUGUUCAUACGUGAUCAACUGUGACAGGCAAGAAUCUUCUGGUUCCCCCCACAUACUCAAUUUGUGUGAAGAUUCAGGAGUUCUUUCUUUUCGCUGUGGGCUUGAGGACCAAAGUGAAACUUCCUUCUGUAAAGAAUCUAGAGAAAUAACUCCAAGGGACGUUUUACUUCUCAAUAAUGUAUCUACUCAAAGCAAGUGGCUGAAAUAUCAGAACAUACCCCAGUGCAAUUUGACUACUUCAAACAGAGUCGAUAAGAAAGUAACAGAUGGCUUCUCUGCUGAGGUUAUAUCUGGGACACAUUUUAGUGACACAGGUGAAAAACAGAAUGAUGCUGUGAAUAAAAGCUCUUUAGACUCUAUGCAUUUGCAAAUGUUAAAAGGCAUGCUCCAUCAACAGCAGCAGGAUUUUAGCAGUCAAGAUUUGGUUCCCAGAAAGAAAGCACUCUCUUUGAGUAUAAAGCAGACUUCCAAGACUGAAAAACUUCAAAACAUGUUAAGAGAGUCUGCCUGCUACAUCUACAGUGUAACAGGAAAUUUACAGGAGAUAAAUGGCUCUGAGCUAUGCUUCCCAAGUGGGCAGAAAAUAAAAUCUGCUUGUCUUCCCCAAAGGCAAAUUCAUAUACCAGCUGUUUUUCAGUCUCCUGCUCAUUAUAAGCAGAUUUUUACAUCUUGUCUCAUAGAACAUCUAAAUAUAUUGCUGUUUGGGUUGGCACAGAGGUUGCACAAAGCUCUUUCAAAAGUUGACAUAUCAUUUUACACAUCAUUAAAGGGAGAGAAACUGAAAAAUGUAGAAAGUAAUGUGCCAUCCUGCCAUCAUCAUCAACCUGCAAAACUUGUCAUGGUUAAAAAGGAAGGUCCAAAUAAGGGUCGUCUCUUUUAUACCUGUGAUGGACCCAAAGUUGACCGAUGUAAAUUUUUCAAGUGGCUUGAAGAAAUGACCCCAGAAUAUUUAACACAAGAAGACUGUCUACCUAGCAUGGUUUUAAGUGAUAUAAAGAGUAUUGGCUUAUACUUAAGAAGUCAAAAGAUUCCGCUCUUUGAGGAAUGCCAACUUUUGGUGAGAAAAGGAAUUGAUUUUCAAAGAAAGCAGUAUGGCAAACUAAAGAAGUUUACUACUGUAAAUCCUGAAUUUUAUACUGAACCUAAAAGCAAACUUUAUCUUAAGCUGAGUCGGAAGGAAAGUUCUUCAACAUACAGCAAAAAUGAUCUUUGGGUGGUUUCAAAAACCCUGGACUUUGAAUUGGAUACUUUUAUUGCAUGUAGUGCUUUCUUUGGACCAUCAUCUAUCAAUGAGGUGGAGCUACUACCUUUGAAAGGUUAUUUCCCCUCUAACUGGCCCACUAACGUAGUGGUCCAUGCAUUGUUGGUUUGUAAUGCUAGCACAGAGCUGACCACUUUGAAAAACAUUCAGGACAACUUUAAUCCAGCUACUCUACCUCUAACACAGUACUUGUUAACAAUGUCUUCAUCAACUAUAGUUAACAACAAGAAAGUCAAUAAGAGAAGAUUUAUCCCACCAGCCUUCUCAAAUAUCAACACAAAAUUUGAACUUCUCAGCCUAGAAGCAACGUUGCAGUUAGCUAGUGAAUUAAUUCAGGCACACAAGUUAAAUAAGGAUCAAGCUACAGCUUUAAUUCAGAUAGCUCAAAUGAUGGCAUCCCAUGGAAAUGUUGAAGAAGUGAAGGAACUGCAAAUCCAUACCCUCCCUAUCACGAUCAUACAUGGUGUUUUUGGAUCAGGAAAGAGUUAUUUGCUGGCAGUGGUGAUUUUGUUUUUUGUACAGCUAUUUGAAAAGAGUGAAGUUCCUACAGUUGGAAAUGCAAGACCAUGGAAACUUCUCAUUUCUUCUUCCACUAAUGUAGCUGUGGACAGAGUACUUCUUGGGCUUCUCAGUCUUGGAUUUGAAAAGUUCGUCAGAGUUGGGAGUGUCAGGAAGAUUGCCAAGCCAAUUUUACCUUAUAGUUUACAUGCCUCAGAAAAUGAAAAUGAACAACUGAAAGAACUACAUGCACUAAUGAAAGAAGACUUGACUCCUCUGGAAAGGGUCUAUGUCAGAAAAAGUAUUGAACAGCAUAAACUGGGGACCAAUAAAACCCUGCUGAAGCAGGUGCGAGUAGUUGGAGUUACCUGUGCAGCCUGCCCAUUCCCAUGCAUGAAUGAUCUUAAAUUUCCUGUAGUAGUGCUGGAUGAGUGUAGUCAAAUAACUGAACCGGCCUCUCUCCUUCCUAUUGCAAGGUUUGAGUGUGAAAAGCUGAUUCUUGUUGGAGAUCCCAAACAGCUUCCUCCUACUAUUCAGGGUUCUGAUGCAGCUCAUGAAAAUGGAUUGGAACAAACUCUUUUUGAUCGGCUUUGCUUAAUGGGGCAUAAGCCAGUUCUGUUGAGAACCCAGUACCGUUGUCACCCUGCAAUCAGUGCUAUCUCUAAUGAUCUGUUUUAUGAAGGAAACCUCAUGAAUGGCAUUUCAGAAACAGAGAGGAGCCCUUUAUUGGAAUGGCUCCCAACCCUGUGUUUCUAUAACGUUAAAGGACUGGAACAGAUUGAAAGAGAUAACAGCUUUCAUAAUGUGGCAGAAGCUGCUUUUACACUCAAGCUGAUUCAAUCACUGAUUGCAAGUGGAAUAGCGGGCUCUAUGAUUGGGGUGAUAACAUUAUACAAAUCCCAGAUGUACAAGCUUUGUCAUUUACUCAGUGCCGUGGACUUUGACCAUCCUGAUAUUAAAGCUGUGCAUGUAUCCACAGUAGAUGCUUUUCAGGGAGCUGAAAAGGAGAUCAUUAUUCUGUCCUGUGUAAGAACAAGACAAGUAGGAUUUAUUGAUUCAGAAAAAAGAAUGAAUGUUGCAUUGACCAGAGGAAGGAGGCAUUUAUUGAUCGUGGGAAAUUUAUCCUGUUUGCGGAAAAAUCGACUCUGGGGACGUGUGAUCCAACACUGUGAAGGAAGGGAAGAUGGAUUACAACAUGCAAGCCAGUAUGAACCACAGCUGAACCAUCUUCUUAAAGAUUAUUUUGAAAAACAAGCAGAGGAAAAACAGAAGAAAAAGAAUGAAAAGGAUAAAUCUAAAGAUAAAUCUCAUUCACAAAAAGACGUGGUAUAGAUAAUUUGUAUUUAUAUAAAUUCAAAUUCAUUUUACACUAUACAUUUUUUAUAUUUUUUAAUUACCCUAAAGCCUUAUUAUUGAAAAAACCUUUAAAGUAUUUAAAUAACAUUAAAUAACCACAUAUAAAAAAUUUGCUCUUCAAAAAAAAUAUACAUACUUAUAUUUAGAUAGGCAGAUGUUGAAGGUAAUAUAAAAUCUUACUAAUAAAAAUACAUUUUUUUCUAAAAAUUAUGGCUACUGUUUGCUAAAGGGAUACAUUUUACAAAGGGCAUGGAAAAGGCUUUCUGGGGAAUACCAGUGUUACUUCAAAAAUAAGUAAGUAUCUCAACACUUGAUCUUAGCCAAAAGGCCAAGAAGUGAUAAAAAAAAAAAGUAUCUCAAAAACUCAUCUAUUACAACAUGGCUACACAAUUAUAUCAAUACACUCCUUUCUGAACCAUAGAUCUAUCAGAAUCUUUUUUUUAAUUCAUUUUUUCUUAAUUUUUUUUAAUAUAUAAUGUAUUUUUUGUUUCAGGGGUACAGGUCUGUGAUUCAUCAGUCUUCUAUAAUACCCAGUGCUCAUUAAAACACACCCUCCCCAAUGUCCAUCACCUCACCCAGUUACCCCAUCCUUCCCGUCCAGCAACCCUCAGUUUGUUUCCUAUGAUUAAGAGCCUCUUAUGGUUUGUGUCCCUUUCUGGUUUCAUCUUGUUUCAUUUUUCCUCUCUUCCCCUAUGAUCUUCUGCCUUGUUUCUUAAAUUCUACAUAUCAGUGAGAUCACAUGAUAAUUGUCUUUCUCUGACUGACUUAUUUCACUUAGCAUAAUACCCUCUAGUUCCAUCCAUGUUGCUGCAAAUGGCAAGAUUUUAUUUUUUUGAUGGCUGCAUAAUAUUCCGUUGUAUAUAUAUAUACCAUAUCUUCUUUAUCCAUUCACCUGUCAAUGGACAUCUGGGCUCUUUCCAUAGUUUGGCUAUUGUGGACAUCGCUGCUAUAAACAUUGGGGUGCAGGUGCCCCUUUGGAUCCCUACAUUUGUAUCUUUGGGAUAAAUACCAAGUAGUGCAAUUGCUGGGUCAUAGAGUAGCUCUAUUUUCAACUUUUUGAGGAACCUCCAUAUUGUUUUCCAGAAUGGCUGCACCAGUUUGCAUUCCCACCAACAGUGUAGGAGGGUUCCCCUUUCUCCGCAUCCUUGCCAACAUCUGUUGUUUCCUGACUUGUUAAUUUUAGCCAUUCUGACCAGUGUGAGGUGGUAUCUCACUGUGGUUUUGAUUUGUAUUCCCCUGAUGCCGAUUAAUGUUGAGCACUUUUUCAUGUGUCUGUUGGCCAUUUGGAUGUCUUCUUUGGAGAAAUGUCUGUUCAUGUCUUCUGCCCAUUUCUUGACUGGAUUAUUUGUUCUUUGGGUGUUGAGUUUGAUGGGUUCUUUAUAGAUUUUGGAUACUAGCCCUUUAUCUGAUAUGUUAUUUGCAAAUAUCUUCUUCCAUUCUGUAGGUUGUCCUUUGGUUUUGUUGACUGUUUCCUUUGCUGUGCAAAAGCUUUUUAUCUUGAUGAAGUCCUAAUAGUUCAUUUUUGCCCUUGCUUCCCUUGCCUUUGGUGAUGUUUCUAGCAAGAGGUUGCUGCCUGUGUUCUCCUCUAGGAUUUUGAUGGAUUCCUGUCUCACAUUUAGGUCUUUCAUCCAUUUUGAGUCUGUUUUUGUGUAUGGUGUAAGGAAAUGGUCUAGUUUCAUUCUUCUGCAUGUGGCUGUCCAAUUUUCCCAACACCAUUUGUUGAAGAGAAUUUUUUCCAUUGGACAUUCUUUCCUGCUUUGUCGAAGAUUAGUUGACCAUAGAGUUAAGGGCCCAUUUCUGAAUUUUCUAUUCUGUUCCAUUGAUCUAUGUGUCUGUUUUUGUGCCAGUACCAUACUGUCUUGAUGAUCAAAGCUUUGUAAUGGAGCUUGAAGUCUGGGAUUGUGAUGCCACCAGUUUUGGGUUUUUUUUCAACAUUCCUUUGGCUAUUCGGGGUCUUUUCUGGUUCCAUACAAAUUUUAGGAUUAUUUGUUCCAGUUCUGUGGAAAGAAGUUGAUGGUAUUUUGAUAGGGAUUGCAUUGAAUGUGUAGAUUGUUCUAGGUAGCAUUGACAUUUUAACAAUAUUUGUUCUUCCAAUCCAUGAGCAUGGAAUGUUUUUCCAUUUCUUUGUAUCUUCCUCAAUUUCUUUCAUGAGUAUUCUAUAGUUUUCUGAGUAUAGAUUCUUUGCCUCUUUGUUUAGAUUUAUUCCUAGGUAUCUUAUGGUUUUUGGUGCAAUUUUAAAUGGGAUCAACUCCUUAAUUUCUCUUUCUUCUGUCUCAUUGAUGUAUAGAAAUGCCACUGAUUUCUGUGCAUAGAUUUUAUAGUCUGCCACAUUGCUGAAUUCCUGUAUGAGUUCUAGCAAUUUUAGGGUGAGGUCUUUUGCGUUUUCCACAUAGAAUAUCAUGUCAUCUGCAAAAAGUGAGUUUGACUUCUUCUUUGCCGAUUCAGAUGACUUUGAUUUCUUUUUGUUGUCUGAUGGCUGAGGCUAGGACUUCUAGUACUAUGUUGUACAACAGUGGUGAGAGUGGACAUCCCUGCCGUGUUCCUGACUUUAGGGGAAAAGCUCUCAGUGUUUCCCUAUUGAGAAUGAUAUUCGCUGUGGGUUUUUCAUAGAUGGCUUUUAUGAUAUUGAGGUAUGUACCCUCUAUCCCUACACUGUGAAGAGUUGUAAUCAAGAAAGGAUGCUGUACUUUGUCAAAUGCUUUUUCUGCAUCUAUUGAGAGGAUCAUGUGGUUCUUGUCCUUCUAUCAAUCUUUUAAAAAUGAAUAUAUAUAAUGUCCUGUUAUUUUAUAAGUAAAUACAUAUUCACAAUAAAACUUUUUAGAAAUACAAAAAGAAGAAGAAAAAAACACUAGAAAUUCACUCCUGGAGAUAGCAGUGCCCAGUACCUGGCCAUGGCCACUACCCAGCACUGUACCUGGUAUAGCAGGUGCUCAAUAAGUAUCUGUUGGAUGAAUGAACAAAUGAAUAAGUGAAAGACUACCUUUGGCUCAUGUCCUUCUAGUCUUUAUCCUGUGCAUUUAUUCACAUGGUAGCUAUUGACAUAUAGACUAUAUAAUAAAUUUUAAAUUUUUAAAUUUUGAAGUAUUUUUUAAUACACACAUAUAGAAAAGUGCAUAAAUUACAAGUAUACAGCUAAGUGAAUUUUUACAAAGUGAUUACAUCUUUGUAACCAGCACUCAGAUCGUAGAACAUAAUCAACAUCGAGGAAGCCCCUUCGUGUUCCCUCACUGCUACUACACUGUCAUCCUCAGGAUAUCCUAACUUGUGAAAACAGAAAAUUGUAAUGUGUGUUAUCAUGUGCAGACUUUUCAACUUUAUAUAAAUGGAAUCACAUUAUGCUUUUACAUCUGAUUUAUUAAAUAUUCUCGUGAGAUUCAUUCACAUGUUU